AUGUGUGUGAAUAAUGGUAACAAAUUUCGUAAAUUAUUAAUUUUUACUUCUGCAGGAAAACCCAUAUAUUCCUAUGGAUUCAUUGAACAAGAUUUAUUUAGCCUUUUUUCAAGUACGUUGACAGCUGUGUUUAGCAAACUUUCAUUUGUAAUGUCAACAAAAAUUUACAGUGGUGAGGGCACUGAGCCUAUACAAAUAUUAGAUUAUCUUAAAUGGAUGAGUUCAAAAUCACACAAAAUUGUGGUAUUAGAGAGAAAAGGUAUUCUCUUAUGUUGCAUAUCACCAUUUUCAAACGAUACAAUCCGUUAUUUAAAAGGACUCUUAGAACAUGUUUAUUAUCAGAUUAUUAUGAUGCUUACUGGUUCAAUUCAUAAAACUCUUGACUCUAGACCAAAUUUUGAUAUACAGCAAAUGCUAAGUAAUAGUGAUAUUAAAAUUAUUAACCAAUGCGCAAAUUCAGCACAAACAAAUUUUGAUUCUGUAUAUUGCUUCUAUAAUUUCAAUAAAAAUUCAAAAGUUGUUAAAUUAAUUGGGCAUGUAAAAAAUAGUGACAAAAUUUCACCCAUAAUACCAAAAAUAUUAUAUAUAGAAUCUCAACCUUUAGAAUAUAGAUACAGAAAUGAAAUAAAUAAAAUUAUUGGCAGAAUAAAAAUUGAAGAGAUAUUGGGUGGAUUAUUGUUUGAGUCUAAAAAAUUAGUUGCUUGGUUUGGAUCAAAGUAUAUUAAAAAUCUACCAUCUACAGAUUUCUCUUUACUAAAAAAUAUUACAUCGAUAUUUCUAAACAAAAAAACUUCGAGUAAUGAAUUUUGGAUCCCUAUAUGCCUUCCAACUAUUAGUACAGUUUCAUAUGUAUAUUGUUACAUUCAAUAUUGGCCUUUUAUUAAUGAGUUCUCUAACACUGUUUCAGAUACUUGCUUUAUUUUGUUAUCAUCAAGCGGGGACACUAAAGUUUUUGAAAAAUGUUCUUUACACUCGAAGAAUUGUCACAAAAUACUUGUCGAAACCGGAUAUUAUGAAAUUUUAGAGUCGAAUAAAAUUAGCAUAUUAAAUUUAAGCAAACUAUUGAAUGAAAACUGUGAUCUAGAAGCAGAAAUAUUUCACUUUGUAUUUGUAUCGGUUAUGAAGAAUAGUUACAUUGCCAGUGAGGUACAUCCUGAAGUUCACGACUUAAACAUAAUCUUCCAAAUGUACUACAAUUUAAUUGAAAUUGCGCAUUCACAGAUAAGAAAACAAAAUGACUCAUCGAUUACGAUCAUAUUAAACACACAAAAGUUCAAACAUAUGAUAAUUACUACUCAUGAGUUUCACAUGUUUUUAACUUUGUCUCCAGAAUCCAGAAUAGACAAAAUAAACUUAGACUCAAUAAUUAACAAUCUUAGGGAAAACACUAAGCAUUUUUUUGUUUAA